AUGAUAGCUACUAUGCAAGCAACGGCUGAAGCCACUGAUCAGCAAGUUAAUAAUGGAAACGGGGGUAAUGGCGAAAAUGGGCCGAUGACCUUAGCAACCUUUUUGAAGAUAAAUCCACCAACUUUUAGAAGAAUCAUAAAUCCAACAAAAGCUGAUAAUUGGUUUCAGGCAAUGGAACGAGCCUUGCAAGCGCAACAAGUGUCUGAAGAUCAGUGUGUUGAGUUUGCUACUUAUCAGCUGAUGGGUGGUCUGUGGAGUGAUAUUCUGAGUACAGUGGGUCCAUUGGAGAUCAGAACUUUUUUUGAAUUAGUAAACAAGAGUAGAGUUGCCGAGGAUUGUGUGAGAAAGGCAGUAUUGGACAAGGGUGAUCAUCGAGCUUUUGGAAGAGGCAAAGGAAAGCAGAUUGAAAAUCCUCCCAAUAACUUGACAUGUAGGAGAUGUGGGGCAUAUCAUCUUAACACUCCAUGUGGAGCUAGACAGGGUAUAUGCUACUACUAUGGUGGAGCCGGACAUCUAUCUUGGAACUGUCUAGAGAAUAAAAGACAGGAAGCUGAGAGAGUUCAGCAGCAGGGACGUGUGUUUACCAUGUCAGCAGAUAGUGCUGAGAGGUCAGACACUCUGAUCAGAGAUAGAUAUGAAAUUGGUAGAAAAAUAUUAAUUGCUUUAUUUGAUAUUGGGGCAUCACAUUUAUUUAUAUUGUUUGAGAAAGCCAGUGAGUUAGGAUUGAAGAUAACCAUGCUAACCUAUGAUCUGCAAGUACAUACUCCUGCCUUUGAGGCUGUCGUAACUAGAUUAGGCUGUUAA